AAAAAAAUGCAAUAAAUCAAAAAAAAUUAAAAAUUGGAUCUAUGUCCAAUGGAUCGCAACUACCAAAAAAAAGUAUUUUGUUUUGGUUCGACCUGUCAUUUUAUAUGAAAUACCGGACAGUAACAAUUUUGUAAAACUUUUUCCCCAAGAUCUAUUCCAGGAAAAGGAUAAUCUGGAACUAAAAGUUGUCAAUUAUAUUCUUUAUGGAAAUGGAAAAUCCAUUCGGGGAAUUUCCGACACAAGGAUUCAAUUAGUUCGGACUUGUUUAGUCUUCAAUUGGGAUGACGGCAAAAACAGUUCUUCGAUUGAGGAGGCCCCCGCUUCCUUUAUUGAAGUACGUACAAAUGGUUUGAUUGAGUAUUUUCUAAGAAUUGACUUAGUAAAAUCGAAUACUUCAUAUAUUAGAAAAAGAAAUGAACCAUCUGGUUUCGGAUUGAUUGGGGAUAAUAAAUCGGAUCGAAUCAAUCCAUUUUUUUCUAUUCAUUCCAAGGGCAAAAUUCAACAAUCACUUAGCCAAAAUCACGGAACUAUUCGUAUGUUGUUGAAUAGAAAUAAAGAAUGCCGAUCUUGGAUAAUUUUGUCAUCAUCUAAUUGUUUUCAAAUGAGACCAUUCAACAAUGAAAAAUCUCACAAUGGGAUAAAAAAAGAUCCUAUAAUUUCAAUUAAUAAUAAUGGCCCUUUAGGAAUAGCCCUUCAAGUUGCGAAUUUUUAUUCACUUUAUCAUUUAAUAACUCAUAAUCAGAUCUCAAUAAUUAAAAAUUUGCAACUUGACAAAUUAACGGAAAUUUUUCAAGUAAUUAAAUAUUAUUUAAUGGACGAAAAUGAUAAAAUUUGUAAACCCGAUCUAUACAGUAAUAUCAUUUUGAAUCCAUUCCAUUUGAAUUGGUUUUUUCUCCAUCAUUUUUAUUGUGAAAAAACGUUUACAAGAAUAAGUCUUGGACAAUUUAUUUGUGAAAAUAUAUGUAUAGCUCAAAUGAAAAAUAGACCACACCUAAAACUAAAAUCGGGUCAAGUUAUAAUAGUUCAAAUGGAUUCUGUAAUAAUAAGAUCGGCUAAUCCUUAUUUGGCAACUCCAGGAGCAACCAUUCACGGCCAUUAUGGGGAGAUCCUUUCUCAAGGAGAUAUUUUAGUUACAUUCAUAUAUGAAAAAUCGAGAUCCGGUGAUAUAACACAAGGUCUUCCAAAAGUGGAACAGAUAUUAGAAAUACGUUCGAUUGAUUCAAUAUCCAUGAAUCUAGAAAAAAGAAUUGAUGCUUGGAACGAGUGUAUAACAAAAAUUAUCGGCAUUCCUUGGGGAUUCUUGAUUGGUGCUGAGCUAACUAUCGCGCAAAGUCGUAUUUCUUUGGUUAAUAAAAUCCAAAGGUUUAUCGAUCCCAGGGAGUACACAUCCAUAAUAGACAUAUCGAGAUUAUUGUGCGUCAAAUAACAUCCAAAGUCUUGGUUUCAGAAGAUGGAAUGUCUAAUAUAUUUUUACCUGGCGAACUAAUUGGAUUAUUGCGAGCAGAACGAACGGGGCGUGCCUUGGAAGAAGCAAUUUGUUACAGAGCUUUAU